AGAUUCACUGGUGUGGCGAGUUGUCUCUCAGCCUGCACAGGCAUUAAAAUUUUGCUUGGCAUUACUCAAAACCAAAAGAAAAAUAAAAGGAAGGAAUAAGAACAAGAAAAAGAUUUGUAUUGACUUUAAAAUCAUGCAAAAACUGCAAAUCUAUGUUUAUAUUUACCUGUUUAUGCUGAUUGUUGCUGGUCCAGUGGAUCUAAAUGAAAACACCGAGCAGAAAGAAACUGUGGAAAAAGAAGGGCUGUGUAAUGCAUGUACUUGGAGACAAAACACUAAAUCUUCAAGAAUAGAAGCCAUAAAAAUUCAAAUCCUCAGUAAACUUCGCCUGGAAACAGCUCCUAACAUCAGCAAAGAUGCUGUAAGACAACUUUUGCCCAAAGCGCCCCCACUCCGGGAACUGAUUGAUCAGUACGACGUCCAGAGAGAUGACAGCAGUGAGGGCUCUCUGGAAGACGACGACUACCACGCCACGACAGAAACGAUCAUUACUAUGCCCACAGAGUCUGACCUUCUAGUGCAAGUGGAAGGAAAACCCAAAUGUUGCUUCUUUAAAUUUAGCUCUAAAAUACAAUACAAUAAAGUAGUAAAGGCCCAACUGUGGAUAUAUCUGAGACCUGUCAAGACUCCUACAACAGUGUUUGUGCAAAUCCUGAGACUCAUCAAACCCAUGAAAGACGGUACAAGGUACACUGGAAUACGAUCUCUGAAACUUGACAUGAACCCAGGCACUGGUAUUUGGCAGAGCAUUGAUGUGAAGACAGUGUUGCAAAAUUGGCUCAAACAACCUGAAUCCAACUUAGGCAUUGAAAUCAAAGCUUUAGAUGAGAAUGGUCAUGAUCUUGCUGUAACCUUCCCAGGACCAGGAGAAGAUGGGCUGAAUCCCUUUUUGGAAGUCAAGGUAACAGACACACCAAAAAGAUCCAGAAGGGAUUUUGGACUUGACUGUGAUGAGCACUCCACAGAAUCUCGAUGCUGUCGUUAUCCUCUAACUGUGGAUUUUGAAGCUUUUGGAUGGGAUUGGAUUAUUGCACCCAAAAGAUACAAGGCAAAUUACUGCUCUGGAGAGUGUGAAUUUGUAUUUUUACAAAAAUAUCCUCAUACACAUCUUGUACACCAAGCAAACCCCAGAGGUUCAGCAGGCCCCUGCUGUACUCCCACAAAGAUGUCUCCAAUUAAUAUGCUAUAUUUUAAUGGCAAAGAACAAAUAAUAUAUGGGAAAAUUCCAGCCAUGGUAGUAGAUCGCUGUGGAUGCUCAUGAGAUUUAUAUUUGGUUUAUAACUUCCCAAAACAUGGAAGACCUUCCCCUCAAUAAUUUUGAAACUGUGAAAUUAUGUACCAUAGGCUUUAAGCCUAGAGUAUGCUACAGUCACUUAAGCACAAGCUACAGUAUAUGAACAAAGAGAAUAUAAGCAAUGGUUGGUAUUUAACCAUCAAAAUAAAUCAUACAAUAAAAAGCUUUAUGAUUUUCAGAGUUUUUGAACUAGGAGAUCAAAUUGCAUUUAUGUUCAUAUAUAUAUUACAACACAUACAGGUAAACGAAAGCAAUUCUUGUGUUCUGGUGAAUUAAAGGAGUAUGCCUUAAAGUCUUUCUUUACAGUUUCAUUUAAUAUUUACAGAAAAUUCUAUAUAUAUAUAUCAAUAAAACAGAGGAUUGUUAUAUUCCAUCAUUUGAAUCAUCCUUAAACACUUGAAUUUAUAUUGUAUGAUAGCAUACUUGGUAAGAUGAAACUCCUCAAGAACAAGGGUGGUGUACCACAUGCAAAUUUCCAUUCCUAUUAUGACUGGUACAGUACACUAACAACCCAUGCCAAUGGUGCUAAUACAACAGGCCAAGGGCCUGAUGCUAUCAGGUUCAUCAAAGAAAAAACGUUCAGUAAUAUAAUAACUUUCUCCAUUCUUCAGGUGCAUUUUCCCAUACCUCCAAAUGGGGAGUGGAUUUUAAGGAAAGAAGAACCAUUUUUCUAGAGGUCAGCAAUCAAUUCUGUAGCAUACAUGGAGAAACUGCAUUAUCUUAAAGACAGCCAGAAAGUAUUCAUUUUUUAUCAAAAUUUCAAAAUUACAGCCUGCCUUUGCAACAUUGCAGUUUUUAUGAUAAAACAAUGGAAGUGAUUGAUUCUAUCAAUAUUGUAUAGAAAGAUUUUGAAACAAUUGCAUUUAUAUAAUAUGUAUACAACAUUGUUUUGUAAAUAAGUAUCUCCUUUUUUAUUUACUUUGGUAUAUUUUUACAGUAAGGAUAUUUCAAAUUAAGUAUUAAGGCAAAAAGACACAUCAUAUAUUACAGAAAAUCAACUGCUUAUAUUUCAGAGUAAAUUAGCAGAUUAGUGGUCUUAGAACUCCAUAUUCUAAUGGUUAAAUGAUUAUGUUACAAUCAUUUUAUAUUUUUUUAUGUUAUUAACACCCACUUAUGGAUUCAUGAUGGCUGUAUAAUGUGAAUGUGAAAUUUCAAUGGUUUACUGUCAUUGUAUUCAAGUCUCAACGUUCCAUUAUUUUAAUACUUAUAUUAUUAAGCAUACCAAAUGAUUUAAUUCUAUUAUCUGAAAUGUGGAAUAAACUGAUAUCUUAACAAGAAUUGUUAAUUCUAUUUUAUAGUUUAAUAAUGAAUAUAUUUCUGCACAAAUUUACUUUUUUGUAAAUUAGAAUUUUGUUAAUCAAAUUCAUUGCACUUACAAUUAAGUGAAAUUAUUUCUUACAUCUAACAUGUAGAACAAUAUAAAUUAAAGUGUUUUCAUCUUUUUUGAAAGACACAACAGUCUUGUUAUAAUGAUUAAUUCUGGAUUUUUGAUUCUUAGUUUAUUAUAAAAGUCGAAUGGUUUACUACAAAAGUUUGGUUUAGUAAUUUUAGGUCUGCUACUUGAGUUCUCAUGAGUGAAAUUCUUAUUAAAUGGUUCUCAUCAAGUUGCUUUAAACAUGUGAAAGCAAGGACUAGAUAUAUUUGUUUCAUUUGUCUUUAUCUUGACCUAAAAACUAUUUAUAUGUUUUCAUAGGUUCAAUUUCCAAACGCAUUGCAGUUGGCAAGGGUAUAUGGUCCUAGAGUUACAAGUUCUACUGAAGCCAUGGGGGACACAGGGAAGCUAUACCUUUUUCCUAGCACUUUAUGAUACAGGCAUAUUUAGAUGAGCUUUGGGGGCACCAAUUUUCAAACUGAAUUGAAAAAUAAUUAUAGAGUGUCUAGAAAUUCUUAAGUGCAACACUGUACAUAAAUGUUCUUGAAAUAAACUCUCUUCUCCACUCCUCAUCCAUUUAGUAACAACUAUAAAGCAGUGACUAAGUCUUGUGGGGGAGGUGAUUAAAAUUCUAUCUAGUAUUCCUAAAUAAUUUCUAAUUAAUAUAAGUGUAAUUUUUAACCAUCAAUGAUAUUAGGGCAAUUUACACCCAUACAAAGUGUAGUAUUUUUUCUAAUGUUAAUGCUGACAUAUUUAACAUUGAUAAGGCUGGAGCUGUAAGGGUGUUGCCCCUGUGGGGAAAGGAGCCAACCUUGGUAAUAGGGUGAGGCCACUUUUAGUUGCACAAACUACAACUUACUUCUUCCAGGUUGUGGACAUACAUGACUUAAAAGUCUAGGUCAGCAGGCCCAUUAACAUAGUUAGGCUCUGCAGUACAAAAAACUGGGGACCUUGAUCUCUAUAGUGAGGAAGGAACACCCUCAGUUUCCAAGGACCCACUCACGGAACUCUCCAGUCUUUAUACACACUCUUAUCAUGCAGCCUGGGGAUCAUAUCACCAACCUUAUGAAGGGGUUGGCCUUUUUGAAACCCACCUGACCAUGAAAAAAAGAUCAGGACCAAUCUCUUCGGUGAUGACAGGACCUAUGCAUUUCUUUUACGAUGUCUGUCUUAGAAAUGGCAAAGGUACUCUGCCAAUCUGUCUGUGGACAGGUCACUUUCAUUUUUGGCACCCCAAAAAUAUUCAUUUGUGAUAAAUAAUAUUAAUCCCUGAGAUUUUCAGAAAACAUCAUGUGAAGUUCAAUGCAGUUUAUCAGUUUUAAUAUUCUGAAUGUUUUUAAUUACUUUCUAUGCCUCCCCAAAACUUACUUUAGUUCCAAAAAAGCCCAAUAAAAAUAAAAACAGAAAACCCUUUCAAACUCAACAGCUGUUUUUGUAUUCAAGCUCAUUUUUGCACUUCUGUAUAGAACCAUAUUUUCUUAGAAUAAGAAGGCAGUAAUUUGACACUGAAAGUAAGUAAAUUAAAGCUCAAUUAUUCUGUCUGCAAAAUGAAAACAAGUUUAUUUCACUUUAAACUACAACACACACAUUUUAGGAUGUCAGUGACCCUUUUGAAAUCUGUUAAAAACUAGGAAAAUUCUCACCAGGAAAAAUAAAACUCACAAUUUUGUAUAUAAUUUCAGGGAAUUUAGGGCUUUCCUAGAACUCAUUCAUAGAGCUUAGUUUACAAAUCCUUGGGAGGGAUACUGAAUUUUCCAUCUUAGGAUAAAAAUUAUUGUUUAUGAAGUAACAAAAUAUAUUUAUUAAGUCCUUUUUCCCAGUUAGUUUUAGUCAUUAAACAAUUAAAGUGCUGGAAAAGGAAAAUAAAUAUCAAAUCAACCUGGAUGUCUUAACAUGACAGAAAGCCUUACUAUUUACCUAAACAUUUUAUGUUUCUUAAAGAUGAUCCAAUCACCCACUGCAAUUCUAUAGUAGAUUGAACUGGACUGAAUAAAAAGCAUUUCAAAUUCAUAUUUUUUCAUGUGUCAAAAACAAAUCCAAGAAAUCAUCAGGACUUCUGAUGUCUGUGUGUCAGAAUUAGCAAGGUAUGAGAUAAUGAUACUUACUGAGCACCAGAUUUGUGCCAGACACUCUCUGACAAGCUAAGUAUGGAGACAUUACCAUCCCCAGUUUACAGAAGAGAACUCUGAGGAACUAACUGGGAAAUAGGAGGUAUCUUAGCCACCAGCCUAGAUUUGAACUAAGCGCUAUUUGAUAUAAUGAUUCAUUGCUUUGGUUAAUUCUUCACCAAACACUAGUGGAAUACUGAAACUAUAUUUUUUAAUGCUCAUAUUUUGUAAUAUAUCCUUAUUUGGAUUUGGCAUUGGUUUUUGCAUAAGGUUGUGUGGCUGUAUUUUAGUGAAGGAAGGCAGAGUUGAUGUUAAUGAGAAGGUGGAUAAAGAGUAGGUGAUUGGAAAAGCAGAGAAAUGAACACACAGAUAUGGAAAUGGGUGUCAUGGGAUAUGAGAACCAGAGAACAACUCAGAGAUCAUCUAAUUUACAUAUGACAGAAUUGAGGUCUAAAGAGAUAGUUGCCCAAAGUCAUAAUGUGAAUUGGUUCAAGAACUGAGACAAGCUCUCUUAAAUGCCAGCAUAGGAUGGUUGGAGGGUCAGUGUGAGAACAAUGAUCGCAAAAGACAAAACGCAAAAGAGCUAAAACAACAAAAAAGCUCUGACUCAUGGUUUGUUAGCUAGGAAAAGGCAAUACUAGACACUAAAUGUCCUUAGAAUUAUAACAAUUUACAUCUAUUUAUCAAACCUUUUGUUACCCGGGAGAUUUUCUUGGACAAAGAGAUUCUCAUGUGAAAUCUAUAGUAGUGUGUGAUUGUAGCUCUGGGGGAAAGGGCAUUCCCAGCUGGAGCCAAGUCCCCGGUGAACUGCUGAAACCGAAGUAAGUCAAGGAAAAAGGUAGGCUGGGAGAAAGGCUUUUAUUCCUUAUGGUUGCUACCCAGGCCUGGCUACACACGAUUCCUCUGGCUGCAGCUCACGCUCUGCAGCCUCAGUGUACUCCCUACUUCACCCCGCCCCCACCUCACCGACCUGCUCUUUUUAGGAGGAAGUCCAUGGGCGGGUCCUUGGUGACUGGCAGGUGCUGGACCAAUUAUGUAUCAGGAACAGAGGGGAGGAGAGAAUGGUUGUUUUCUCUCCAUCCUUGACCCUGAGGCUGUGGGAGCCUGCAGCAAACACCUAUUGAUAUGAAAAUGGCUAAGGCCAGGCAGAAGAUUCUGGAAUACUGCCAUUUAGCCCACAAUGAUUAAAACUACUACUUAUUGUAAAUAGAAAUAAAAAUUAGAAUAAUAAUAAGUUAAUAAUUAAGACUUCAAAGUGCUUUCACAUUAAUGAUGUCGUUUUAUCUUCGCAAUGUUCAAAGUUAAUUACAUUAUUAUUACAAUACUGAUUUCAUAGAAGGAACCUAGGCUAAAAGAAAUUAAUCAAAUUGCCCAAGGA